AUGGCUGCAUUUCAGAACGCCACCAGGGGGAAGAGUCCUGAGAGCACCGUGAACGGAUCACAGAACCUCAGCGGCACGGAAUCUCCACCCACUGCGAUCGAGACAAUCUCGCAACCUCCCGGAUCCGCCGUGCCCCCCGAUGGCGGCAUGCAGGCUUGGCUAUGCGUGGCCGGCUCGGCAGCUGGCUAUUUCUCUACUUUCGGAUGGAUCAAUGCCGUAGGCGUCUUCCAGGAGUAUUAUCAGCGUGUCCCCCUCCGCAACUAUUCGCCUUCCACGGUUGUCUGGAUCGCCACGACCGAGAAUUUCUUCCUUCUCGUCGCCGGGCCCUUCGCGGGCAACCUGCUCGAUAGCUACGGCCCAACGCUGCCCCUCUGUAUCGGCACGGGCCUUCACGUGUUCGGUCUCAUGAUGGCAUCGCUGAGCACCGAGUUCUACCAGAUCCUCCUGUCGCAGGGCAUCUGCAGCGCUAUCGGCACCGGCUUUAUCUUCAAUCCCGCUGCGGUCGUGCUCCUGCCCAAGGUGGGCUUCGCAUGGGCCAUGAGAACCUGUGCGUUUCUCGUCUUGGGCCUGAUGAUAUUCGCCAUCUACGCGGUGCGGCUUCCUUACAAACCAGCCAAGAGGCCGAUCACGCGGGCGCUAGCCAGGCGCAUGCUUCAGCCUUCUUUCGUGCUCCUAACGCUCUCCGUAUUUAUGUUUUCUCUGGGGGCCUUUCUCCCGGUGACGUACAUGGCCGAGAACGCCACGAAUCGCGGGCUGGACGUCAGCUUGGCCCAGUACAUGGUCAGCAUCUACAACGCCGGAGCAUUGGCCGGCCGUCUCACGCCCGGCAUCAUCGGGAACAAGGUCGGCUUCUUCAACCUUGCGGCGAUCGCGAUGGCCGUCACAAGUAUCCUCACUCUCGCACUCUGGAUCCCGGCGUCGACGACUCCAUCCCUCAUCGCCUUCGCGGUUCUCUUUGGAUGGAGCUCGAAUGCUCUCAUCGGCCUGUUGCCCGUUCUGAUCGGGGCUGUCUCCGAUCCAAGGGAGCUAGGCCUAAGGGGCGGCGUGUGCUACGGAUUGAUUGCCUUCUCGACCCUGGCGGGCCUCCCAAUUGGAUCUUCUCUUAUCACAAACGGCAAUUACGACAAGAUGAAGAUAUUCUCCGGCGCGGUAGUCGCGGGAUCCGCGCUCUGCCUUGCGACUGCACGGGUAAGUGUCGGUGGGCUCCGGUUCUGGAAACGCGUGUGA